AUGCCACGGAUCUUCAUAACGUCUGCACAGCCUAAAAGCCUAGUGGUCUACUGCAACCUCGACACAUACUAUCUGAAGAUGCAACUCACAGAUUGGACCCAGUCAUGGUCCAAAACGCAGACGUGCUCGCCACACGAGGCCAUUUCUCUGAACAAAUUGCGAUCAAACGAAAGCAAUAGUGGUGUACCAGCUCAAAAGGUGAUCAAGUCAUCAUCCUGGCGGCCAAUGUACCUGACUCCGGCCUCUCUCGCCUUGUUUUCGACUGUCUUCUUGGCCUGCCUCGCCAGCGUACAAACGGUGUUUGCGAUAUCCAACCGUAACAGAGGCCUUUCUGGAGAGAACGACGUUCUGCAUCGUGUCCUAUGGUCGUAUGGUCCAGUUGCGAUCCUGACCCUUGUCUCCUCAUUCUGGGCCCGACUGGAGACCCAGGCCAAAACGACAUCAUCUUGGUUGAGUAUGGCUCGGGGCAACACCAGAGCUUGUCAAUCGCUUCUUCUUGACUACACAUCACAACUUCAGCCAAUAUCGGUAAUUUCAGCGCUCAGAUACAAGGAUUAUACAGUAGCAGCCGCUACAAUAGCCUCGCUACUUCUCAAGAUCUUGCUCGUCCUUGCAACUUCACUUAUUACGCUAUCACCAGCAACUGUAGUGAAGCAACAUAAUAUCUCCUUGAAUCUGAAGAGCGAAUUUGUCGACAAUUCCAAUGGCAUCCUAGCAAAUGGGUCUUUAGCAUCUGUAUAUUUUGCUUCGAUGAUGAACUUCAACACGACCUUGCCGCAAGGAGUCUCUGAUACAUACGCCUAUCAGCUUGUCGAAUCAGAUCUACUCGACACCCCAUCGACUCUUAACACUACAGUGGAUGGCUUCCUCGGAGAGAUUGAUUGUGAGCCAGCUAAUCUGUAUCCGAACGGUCUGGCAUUGAAUAUAUCUAAGAGCACCUUCCUCUGGGGAUACGAUCACAACGAUUCCAUUCCGAUCACGGCUGGCUCAUGUAGCUUUCAAGUCUAUCCUAACAGAGUUUUGUCCGGCUUGGACGGGGAAAUCGAGGAUGGCGACUACAUUGUUGGUCUUCAGAGCGGUGUGUGCAAUGACUCUGAUUCCAAAGACAACCAUAGGCUUGCCAUCAUUGUCGCAAGUUUGGCAAUGUCGGGAGAAGACAUCAUCACAUUCGCGAGAUCAAACUGCUUGAUAUGCACCCCAACAUAUCGGAUCUUGCCGCUAGAUCUCAGCGCGCAGGGGCCAGACAGACUUCUUCGUCCUUCAUCGGGGCGCGAUUCCCGACUUCUCAGGAACGUCCAUCCAUGGGAUAUUCUAAAUACCCACGCCAAUGCGGUCCCUCCAGACCAAACGCUUCACAACAGUUCAGCGAAAAUCUCGAAUCAGACCGUGUGGUUUGACGAACAUGGAUAUCUUGCGUAUCAAUUCGCCAACAAGUCUGGCAACCCUCCCACAUUAAACGACGGCAGCUUCGAAGUCCUCGCCGAGGAGAGUCUCCUACCAAACGACGAUCUGGAAAUGUGGCCCCCCGAACAGUCUGUUUUUAAGCCUUUCAGUCUAAAGUUAUCACGCGAUCAAGGACUCGGCAACGUGCCUCUUAACAGAGAGAUCAUCAGCUACUUCUGGUCCGCAUUUCCUGCGCUCAUUCUGGCCAGCAAUCUAUCCUACUCGUCUUUCACGUACGAGGAUCUGAUUCUACCAGCUUUGGAGGUUAACAAAACCUUCCUAUCCGCCCACCCGAACACUUCCGCCAUUGAGUUUAACACUACUCUUCUCGCUGCACGCCCGUCCUUUACACAAUGCCGGGUUUUCAAUUCUUCUCAAAUUCAUGUCAAUUUCACAUCGUGGCGUGAUAUUGGAGUCAGGGUAAACAUUGACUCAGAAGAAUGUCUAUGGUAUGGGCGCGAUGUCUCGAGCAAUUUGAAUAUUCCGCUACCUCUUGCAGGCGAUUCUCUUGAGGAUGAGGCUGACAUUGAUUCUCUGUUUGAUGAAUAUGAACAUCCUGAGUACCUUCCGUUGUCUGCUGAGGCUUAUUUCGCGGUUGGCGGAGGAACCCGGGGAAGUGGUAUACAAGCCAGAGGAUGCAGCCAGAGACUUUGGGUCUGGGGCCAGUGGUCAACUUCAACGAUACAGGAGGUUGAUUCUCCUCAGGCAAUCUCCGUUUCAGCACUGGCUUGCAAUGAGUCCAUGGAGACCGUUGAGGUGGAAGCAUUGUUAUUUGGUCCGGAUCUGAGCAUUAAACCGAGUCGGCCCCCCAUCCCGCAUCAGUCAGCCACAAGCAGUGUGGACAUGCGCUGGUUUAUCAAUGAGGGAGUGGAUUACAAUUUAGGGCACUACCCCGAUUACGAUCUUUAUAACGGCCUUCCAUACCUGUCCACGAACACGACAGAUAUGUUGUUCGACCCGUUUUUCACAUUACUUACCACAUCACGUUAUGCGGUUCCACUGGAUAUGCUUGGCAACCAGUCCCACGCUUCGACUGUGGCGGAGGCGAUCAAAUUUCAUCACAGAAUCAUUGCUGCUCAGCGCACUGCGGCAAGCCUCGAACGCAUUCCAAGCGGCAACAUAAGCAUGCAUAAUUGGGGAUAUGAAAUAGUUCCGGGUACCAACGAAACCUCGUACCAUGCUACCAGCUCAAUACCCUUAGACCGCUACCGGGUUGUCCAGAACGAGUUCUCAACUCGGGUUCUUCAAGGUCUGCUCAUCGGGAUUCUUAUCUGCUCCCUGCACUUCUUGUUGACGGUAAUCUAA